AUGCGUGAAAAGUUUGCAGAGCAGAGGACCUGUCCCGAGACGCUGCUGGUCUUCCCGCAGGGUACCAAGAGCGCCCCGGAGCAUGCGCGGAAGAAUCGGCCAGGCAAGAAGGAGGAGGAGGACACGGAGAAAGCCAAGGCACGGCGCAGGGACAACGUCAAGACCGAAAAGGAGAAGUUGAAGGCAGCGCUGCUCAAGGAGGUCCCAAAAGAGAAGGAGAGGGACAAGGAGAACGACAAGGAGGGCAAGAAGGACGAUGGGAAGGAGGACAAGAAGGACACACGCUGGAUCUCCGCGUUUGUGGAAGCCCGGCCCAGCGAAGACUACCCGCCGCAUUGGUACUUCGAGGACGUGCAGUUCCUGGUGUCGCUCAUCAACUUCCAGGACCUGAAGAAGUCCAUCGUGAAGCACGACAAGCACACCUUCUCUCCGGUGGAGUCCUCCGACGGCAAGGCGAUCGACCGGGGCUGGCACGACUUCGUCCACUGCGACGAGGCGACGCUGCGCUCCAGCGGCUUCGUGGACAAGGACGACACCGUCUGCGCCUCCGUCUACCUGGCUGGCGGGGCGAUGAAGGUGAACUCCAAGACCAAGUCGCGGUACAUGAGCAAGAUCGACCCGGGCUCCUACGAGCGGGCGCCGCAGUUCUUGAACAGCCUCGUGCAGAUUUGGUACCACCUGGGGUACUUCCGCUCUGCCAGGGUUCUGCCGGCCUUGCGAGAGAUCUUUGUGCGGCUGCAGGUCUGCAAGGCACCGGGGCAGCGCCUCUUCUUUUGUUACUUGUGUCUCUCAAUUUGGUGGCCGCGGCAGGCAGAUCCAGACGUCUUCUGCCAGGAGGUUUUCUCGUGUCUGGAGUCCGAGCUCAUGCCCACGGCAGAGAUGCUCAAGGCCGAAGAGGCCGCGGUGAAGGCGGCCGCAGCCAAGGCCAAGGGCGGCAAGGCGGCGAAGGCGCUACCACGCGUGGUUGAGGUGCCCGCAGAGAACAAGACGCUUUGGCAGUCCAUCCAGGACAUGUUCACCUUCGAGGUGGAGUGGGCGGCCCAGGCCCUGGAGGGCGACUUCUCGGAUGCCUGCGUGCACACCGGGCCCUGCUUCACCCUGGACGGGGUGGUCCGAGGCUUCGCCACCUUGGAAGAGACCUUGGACCAGUACUUCUCGCCUAAAAUCAUCGAGGACGGUUCUGGACUUCGAGUGCGCACGACACGAAAGUUCCGGCGCACGCCAUCGGUCCUGCAGUGGUACCUGAAGCGGGGCGACUACGAUUGCUGCACGGGUCUCUCGGGUCUCACGGAGACCUUCUUGCGCUUUCCGCGCCAGAUCGACUUGAGCAAGUACGCCGAGGGCGGGGCCCUCUACCACCUGUAUGCCAUCAUGGUGGAGUGUGACGACCACUACUUAUCCUACAUCCGGCCCGAGAUGGAAGGUGACCGGGGACAGUGGUAUCGCUUCGAUGACCGGGAGGCCGGCGCGGCGGUCUGUGGCGUCUCGAAUGCCACUGCCGUGGACGCCUCCUUUGGCGGGGAGGAGUGGCUCUGCGUGAACUACCUCUACGGCCCCUCUGCGGUGCUCAAGCGGCCGCGUGAGUCGAGGGCCUCCAUGCUGCUCUACCUCAAGGAGAUGCCAAUGAUGCCUGUUGUUCACAACAUGUUUCCACAUGACAGCGAGCUCGGUCAGCUUCUCCGAGAACCGAAGCUGCCGAAACUCUGCCCAGAACUGCAGAUGCCUCUCCAGCGCGGUGAGCACAUGCAGGCCCCGCUAUAG